AGGAGAGGUCAAUGUUUACCAGUGCUCAGUCUGUACAGCAUCAAGCAGAGCAGGAGGAACUGGCCAACACACUGUGGGUCGAGGAGCUUCGAAGGAUCCGUUCUGAAUUUGUGAAGGGAGUUUCAGACCCAGUUAUCAAAGGUCUCCUGGAUGACCUUUAUCAUCAUAAAGUGUUCAAGUGUUCCGAGGAAAAGGACUACGUGAUGGCCGGGAGCACCAAAGCAGACCAAGCACGUCGUAUGAUCGACAUGGUGAUCGGUAAAGGGGAGAGAGCAAGUCACGUGAUGAUCGAUAGUAUGAAGAAGAGGGACCAACACUUAUGCUCCACCCUGGGUCUGAUGUCUUCUCUUCCUGGUGUGGAUUACCCGAUUCAGUGCCAAAAAAAAAUCAAGUCUCUUUUAAAGGAGAAGUUACGUCGUGUGUUUGAGGGAAUCGCUAAAGCAGGACAUUCAACACCUCUGAAUGACAUCUACACAGAGCUCUUCAUUACAAAGAGAGGCAGUGGAGAGGUCAACAAGGAACAUGAGGUCAGACUGAUUGAAACAGCUUCCAGGAAACCAGCCAUGGUGGAAACACCAAUCAAAUGUGGAGACAUCUUUAAACCCUUCCCUGGACAAGAUAUACCCAACAGGACAAUUUUGACAACUGGAGUGGCUGGCAUUGGUAAAACCAUCUUAACAAAUAAGUUCACUUUGGACUGGGCUGAAGGCAACGCCAACAAAGACAUAAACUUCACGUUUCUCUUAACUUUCAGAGAGCUGAAUUCACUAAAAAAGAAAGAGUUUAGCUUAGUGGAACUUCUUAAUCUCUUCUUUUAUGAGACCAAAAAUGCUGGAAUCUGCAGAUACGACGGGUUCAAAGUUGUCUUCAUCUUAGAUGGCCUGGAUGAGUGUCGAUUUCAUCUGGAUUUCCAGUCCACCCCGAUCUUGACUGAUGUCACAGAGUCCACCUCGUUGGACGUGCUGCUGACAAACCUCAUCAGGGGCGACCUGCUUCCCUCUGCUUGCAUCUGGAUAACCACACGCCCUGCGGCAGCCAAUAGGAUCCCUGAUGAGUGUGUUCACAUGGUGACAGAGGUGAGAGGGUUCACCAACCAACAGAAGGAGGAUUUCUUCAGGAAGAGAUUCAGAGACGAGAAGCUGGCCAGCACAAUCAUCUCCCACAUAAAGAAAUCACGAAGCCUCCACAUCAUGUGUCACAUCCCAGUCUUCUGUUGGAUCACUGCUACAGUUCUGGGGGACUUCUUCGAAUCCCAGAUAAGAAAAGAGACGCCCAAGACCUUGACUCAGAUGUACAGCCACUUCCUGAGGGUUCAGUUCAUACAGGAGGACAGGAAGUAUCGUCGGAAUGCUGAUUCAGAUCCAGACUGGAAUUCAGAGAGCUGGGAGAUCAUUGUUUCUUUGGGAAAACUUGCUUUUAACCAGCUGGAGAAAGGCCACCUGAUCUUCUACAAGGCAGACCUGGCAGAGUGUAAAAUCGAUAUCAAAGAAGCCUCAGUGUACUCAGUAGUGAUUACCCAGAUCUUUAAAGAGGAGUCAGGGCUGUACCAGGACAAGGUGUUCUGCUUUGUCCAUCUGAGCCUCCAGGAGUUUCUGGCUGCCCUUUAUGUCUUUCUGACCUUCAUAAACGAUGGUGUCAAUCUGCUCUCAGAAGAACCACCCACCUCUGGGGAAGAUAAACUCCUCCUCCUCUACCAGAGUGCUGUGGACAAGGCCUUGCAGAGUGAGAACGGACAACUGGACUUGUUCCUCCGAUUCCUCCUGGGCCUCUCUCUGGAGACCAAUCAGAUUGUCCUACGAGGUCUGCUAGGACAGACAGGAACUAGCUCACUGACCAAUGCAAAAACAGUGUCUUACAUCAAGGAGAAGUUAGAUGGAGAUCUCUGUCCAGAGAGAAGCAUCAAUCUGUUCCACUGUCUGAAUGAGCUGAACGACCCUUCUCUAGUGGAGGAGAUCCAACAGUACAUGAUAUCAGGAAUUAUCUCUGAAGAAUAUCUCUCUCCUGCUCAGUGGUCAGCUCUGGUCUUCAUCUUACUGUCAUCAGAAGAGGAGCUGGACGUGUUUGACCUGAAGAAAUACUGUGCUUCAGAGGAGGGUCUACUGCGGCUGCUGCCAGUGGUCAAAGCCUCCAAAACUUCUCUCCUGAAUGGCUGUCAUCUGUCAGAGAGAUGCUGUGAAGCUCUGGCCUCAGUUCUCAUUUCAGACUCCUCUAGUCUGAGAGAGCUGGACCUGAGUACCAAUGAUCUGGAGGAUUCAGGAGUGAAGCUGCUCUCUGCUGGACUGGGGAGUCCACACUGUACACUGGAAACUCUCAGGCUCAAUGCCUGUCAUCUGUCAGAGAGAUGCUGUGAAGCUCUGGCCUCAGUUCUCAGCUCCAACUCCUGUAGUCUGAGAGAGCUGGACCUGGGUACCAAUGAUCUGCAGGAUUCAGGAGUGAAGCUGCUCUCUGCUGGACUUGGGAGUCCACACUGUACACUGCAAACUCUCAGCUUGUCUGGCUGCCUGGUCACACAGGAAGGCUGUGCUUCUCUGGCCUCAGCUCUGAGCUCCAACCCCUCCCAUCUGAGAGAGCUGGACCUGAGCUACAAUCACCCAGGAGACUCUGGAGCUGCGCUGCUCUCUGCAGGACUGGAGGAUCCACGCUGGAGACUGGACACUCUCAGAUGA